GGCCAAACAACGCGGCCGGAAGGCGGCCGCUGCCGGCCGGGCCUUCUCUUCUGGGACCCUUGAUUUUCGGACAUUGAGCGCCAUGCCCUUGCCUCUGCUGCCGGGCAACAGCUUCAACCGCAAUGUAGGAAAGGAGAAGUUUCACAAAUCCCAACAUUGGGGCUUUUGCAACAAUGUUAUGAUGUUGGUGAGUGAGGAAAAACCUGGAAUAGGUGGAGAACCACUUCUGGGGCAAAAGAUAAAGCCGAAAAGUACCAUAUAUCCUCAAGGAGAUGGGAGCGAUUUACCAUCAUGGGUAGCUUUUGAUAAACAGGUAUUAUCUUUUGAUGCCUAUUUGGAAGAGGAAGUACCUGAUAAAAGCCAAACCAAGUACAGAAUAAGAUACUAUAAAAUCUACUACUAUCCUGAAGAUGACACAAUUCAAGUAAAUGAACCAGAGGUGAAAAAUAGUGGAUUGCCUCAAGGGACUUCUAUCCGGCGUCAUCGGAUUACUCUCCCGCCUCCUGAUGAGGAUCAGUUUUAUACCGUGUAUCAUUUUAAUGUCGGCACAGAGGUUGUCUUCUAUGGCAGGAUAUUCAAGAUUUAUGACUGUGAUACAUUCACAAGAAACUUUUUAAGGAAAUUAGGAGUCAAAGUGAAUCCACCAGUACAAUGUCCAGAAGAUCCUUACACUAAGAUUCGGAGAGAGAUUCUAGAACAUGUAGAGCCCCUACGUCCCUACGAAUCCUUUGACACCCGGAAACAGUUCCUCCAGUAUCAUGGCAAGGUUUUGCGUUUCUUCUGCCUGUGGGAUGACUCAGUCUCAAUGCUUGGAGACCGUCGAGAACUCAUCCUGCAUUACUUCUUGUGUGAUGAUACUAUUGAAAUCAAAGAACUGCUUCCAGACAACUCAGGCCGAGAUCCUACGAAAAUGUUCCUCCGGAGGAGUAAGCUACCCAAGGAUGGCCACACCAGAGUCUAUCAACCCGGCCAGAUAACAGAUCGAACAGUUCUCAAUUUGUAUGGUGACUUAAAGAGGAACCAAGAGGAUGGCUACCUGUUGGAUAAACAUAAGCUAGGAAAAGUAGACCAAGAGUUUUACAAAGAUUGUGACCUGUCCCUAGGAGUCACCAUCAAUGUGUGGGGAAGAAAAGUACUCCUUUAUGACUGUGAUGAAUUUACGAAGUCUUAUUAUAAGUCUAAAUAUGGAAUUGAGAACUUUACCUCAGUUUCAUGCAAGCCUCCUUCUCCUCCUCCAAAAAUAGAAAGGAAAUUUCCACCUUAUAAUGGUUUUGGUUCUGAAGAGGAUUCUCUCCGUAACUGCUUAGGCCUCAAGCCCACACCUCAUCGGAAGAACUUCAAGAAGUUUAUGGAAAAAGACAGGUAUGGCUUAGAAAGCAAUAUACUCCGGUUUUUUGCAAAACUAGACACAGAAAAAUACGUUGACUUGGACAGGAUAUUUGUUAUUUCAUAUUAUCUCGCUGAUGACACCAUUUCAGUGUUCGAACCUAUAGAGAAUAAUUCAGGAGUUACUGGUGGAAUGUUCUUGAAAAGAAGUCGCGUUAAGAAGCCUGGACAACCAGUCUUUAAAAGUGAACUGUCUGAAUAUUUCAAGGCUGAGGAGUUCUACAUUGGAGUCACAGUGAAUGUGAAUGGUUAUGUGUUUCAUUUGCUCAAUGCUGAUGAGUAUACGUUAAAAUACAUGGAGCAGAAUGUAGAUAAGUAUCCUUUCAGUGACUUCGAACGUAGCCUGCAAAAGGUGAAGCAAGAGGAAUCAAGAUCCAGAGAGCUCAAGCAGGUAUUUAGAGCUGCUGACUGUAAGCACACAAAGAUGGUGGAUUAUAAUACAUUCAGAGACAUAGUGAUGACUUUCACUCAUGGAAACCUCUCAGAGCAAGAGUUUAUAACCAUUGCACGUCACUACCGCGUGCCUGAGGAAAUAUGUCCAGAUGGGGAUUUCUUACUUGGACUGGCGCAGGAAAAGUUCAAGAAAAAUUUUUUUGAGAAUUUUGACCGUAUCAUUUAUGCCUGUGGGUAUGAAGAUCGAGAAAAAAAAAAUGUAUUACCCACCAAAGACAUUAAAAGGCUGUGCAAAUCCUUCAGAUUACCUUUGACUGAUGAUCUUCUAGAAUCCUUAUUGUCAAGGUUUGAAAACAGUGAAAAACAAAUAGAUUAUAAAUCAUUUUUCUCUACCCUGGACUGGAGAAAGAAUCCAGUGCCUGAACUGCAUGCACAAGAAUACCUUAAACAGAGAUGUGAAGAUGUUUGGCUUGGGAUGCCAUCACCUAUUCCUGCGAAAAACAUUGACUACUUUACCUUUUUGAAGGAUACGGUUGGCUUAGAGGAGGAAUAACCAUGCCAGUUUUGGUCAAUUCUUUUUGAUUUACUUCUCUAAUUUUGCCACAUUUACUUUAGUAGAUACAAUUUCAUUAAAAACAAAAAAGAAACAAGGUUUAUAUUGAAUGGAAAUCCAUAAACCACA